UGCAUUAACCAGAGAAGAGAAACUGUAUAAGUUGCUCUCCCUCUCAGACUUUCCCUUUAGCAGGAAGUCGGUCUCAUUGCUCCCUCCUGUGAGGAACAAAGAGGCUUUAGAUUUCUUGACAACCUGCUGGUCAAAGAUGUCCCCCAUUUAAGCAAAAAAGGGGCCGUAAUCCUUGAUGAUGAAGCAGCUCAACUGAACGUGUACAUUUUAAGGAUAUUCAAUUAAUCUCACAUUUAUCCACUGAGGGGAAACUGGCAUUGCAGUUAUUAAAGAAAAUAAAACUAAACAUACACAAUUCAAGAGUCCUAAAUUCAAUGUGGUACAUCCAAGGGAACGGCUGUGAGAAUGUACAGGCUCUUGACGUAGUGCAGGUUAAAUGUCGGAAAUGUUCCCUCUGUUCGACUUUCCCUUUGGCAGGAAGUACAUGUUCCCUCCUGUGAAGAGGAGGGAACGCUGGCUUUGGCUCUCCUGACAACCUUCUGCUCAUGAUGUCAGUUUUCAUGCCAGCCAACGACUGUGAUGACAGAUCACUGUUUUCUGCUUAGACUUAGUUUGUUGGUUCGUCCUUGAUCAGCGAACACAUUGGCCUUUUCAAGGUCAAUCCCCCCGAGUUAUCAGAGGAGCUGUCCACUAUAGUCCAGGCGUGUCUACCCAUCAUUUUUGGUUUUGCUUGUCCAGGUUCCAGACGUCUUUCUCCGAGAUUUCUGCUUCCGCUCUAAUACAAAGGUUGUGUACAGAAUUCAAAUAUAAUGUAUACACACAUUCUACAGGAACAUCUCUCACUAGAAACCAUCCCUUGGCCAUUUUUGCUUUGAGAAAAUACACUUUUUUUGUAAUUUGGGGGAACUGGCCCUUUAAAUCUGCUGAGAGAGGAAAAAAAGCAGCAAGGCUUGUCUUAAACCACUGGCCUAAUUCUCUGCAAAACUCCAAGUGGCUUAAUCUCUGCAUGGCAACGCAUUAUAAUGUAAAGCUUGUGGACACCACUGGACUUAGCAUGGCUUAAGGCAGCACCUAAGUAUCCCAGCCAGGCAGUGAUGUCCUCAUUUCCAGCUGUUUUCCCCGUUUUUGCUGUGAUCAUCAGACUGAAUUUUUACAGGCAAGCUACUCCAACCCAGCAGAGAGAGGAGUUCCCCACGUGGCGUCCAGAUGUUAGGCUCCUUGCACGUUCAAUCUGAACAAGACAGAAACCAAAAUGAAAGGAAGAAAGGGAGAAGUAAGAAGUAAAACUGCUGUGAAUCUUGAGUUUCAAAGCUAGCCUUUUAAAAGUAAUCCAAAAUCUGCAGUGAAAUCUGUGUUUAGAGACAUGAGUGAAGAAGUCAUUAUAGUUAUUGAAUGUUUUUCUGAAUACAAUUAUGUUUUAGUUUGUUGUGUGCCAAUAAGAGGAAUCGGAUGCUGUCUUGCGUUCCUAAAUCUGCUCGUAGGCAUAUUGCAGAAGUGAAAUGGGGAAGUUGCAGGAUGAUUCGCUUGGUCAAUAGUAAUGUGAUCUUAAACAAAUUGCUUGUAGACAGAAUCUGUCAGUGAGAAUAAAAACAUUAGGAAGCUGUCAUUAGUGUAUUCAGAUACACUGCCUGCGAGUGUGUCUGCGUUGCAUACGCAGUGAACUUUGAUAUGGCUUAACGGUCAGUGGCUCCCCAGAGGAAAGAUGCAAAAUAGCUGACUUGAGAACAAACAAAGUAGCAGCGAUGGAUCAGAGACUUGGCUGGCAGCGGAGCGCAGCAGGCCUAGAGCCUGCUCUCGGACAACAGGGCUGAGGAGCUGCAGAGGUGUGAGGAGUUUCCCGAGGACACUCCACCCUCCUGGCUUUCCUCAGCAUCCUCUCAGCUGUUUUUUUUCGCAGUCAUCCUCGUCAUCCAGGCUGUCAGCGUGCAACAAAAUCUGGAACUGAGCUUUGCUGAAAUUGAAGAGGUCGCUCUAUUCACAUCUGAUUGCAGCCUCCUCCUCCAGCGCCCCUGAACAUAGUUUUAUGUCCUCCUGAAUCUGGACCAUGAGGAACACCAGAUCGAGCCUGCUGCUGGGCUGCAUGCUCCUCUGCUCCGCCUCUCUGAUCUACCUGGGCAUGAGCGGGAUAGAUUGCCCUCCAAAAAGCCAUCGGUACCGGUGGAUGGAGCUCAACAUGGGCUCAGCCAAUCAGAGCUUAUCCCUGAAUGAGCAUUUCCCUGAAGACACGCCCCUCAUCUUCAUCGGAGGCUUUCCCCGGAGCGGCACCACGCUGAUGCGCGUCAUGCUGGAUGCCCACAAUGCUGUUCGGUGCGGGGAAGAGACCCGAGUGAUCCCCCGCCUCUUGGCCAUGCGCGCCACCUGGAGCCGCUCAGUGAAGGAGAGGAUACGACUGGAUGAGGCCGGCGUCACCGACCAGGUCUUGGACUCAGCCGUGAGAGCGUUCCUGCUAGAGGUGAUAGUCGGCCACGGGGAGCCUGCACCUCGCCUUUGUAACAAGGACCCGUUCGCCUUGAAGUCUCUCUCAUAUCUGUCACGCAUCUUCCCGAAAGCCAAAUUUGUGCUCAUGCUACGAGACGGACGGGCAACCGUCCACUCCAUGAUAUCACGCAAGGUGACCAUCUCCGGCUUUGACCUGACCAGCUACAGGGACUGCCUGACUAAGUGGAGCAGCGCGGUGGAGACCAUGUUCAGCCAGUGCCAGGCCGCCGGGGAGUCCAGAUGUCUGCCCGUCCGCUACGAGCAGCUCGUCCUCCACGCAGAGGAGGAAAUGAGGAAGUUGCUUCAUUUCCUGGAGCUGCAGUGGGACCCAUCAGUGCUGCACCAUGAAGAGCUGAUUGGAAAGGCUGGUGGCGUGUCUCUGUCCAAGGUGGAGCGCUCCACAGACCAGGUGAUGAAGCCGGUGAACACGGAUGCCCUCUCCAAGUGGGUCGGUCACAUUCCCUCUGACGUGAUAAACGACAUGGCUGAAAUCGCCCCCAUGCUGGCUCGCCUGGGCUACGACCCCUACGCCAACCCUCCCGACUACACGAGACCGGAGCCCGUGUUGUCUCUGUUCAAUUACUCACAGAAUUUGAAAUCGGCAGAGACUCCACACCCCAGUUAAACGAAAGAGAAAAGUUUGGCUUCGGUGCUCCACGAUAUUGAUGCACCUUAAAGACAGACUUACAGUUCAGCAGUAAUUACACCUCACAGGAAAAAUUUUAAAGUGUUCCAUGUGUAUUUUUGGAUUGUUUGUAAGACUAAUGUGCGGUGUUAGUGUCUGAACACUGUAGAGCGACUCAUCAAGUGGUUUGGGUUUUAUAUCUCAUGUGGACUACCUGCUCGCGACGGUCUCUCUAACCGACAGUAUUACACGUCCUCUCCCCUCGUACCUGAAAGUAUUUCUAUCUGUCUGUAAAGUUGUAUGAUUCAGCACAAAUGUGACUGUGACUUUAGACUAAUAUUUCACUUACUGAGAGUUCAGUCAGUGUUCAUGAAGCAUAAUGACUGUAUAUUUUUAAAGAUGUAUUUUUAUUUUCUUAAUAAAUUAUUUUGGUGUUGACCAUUCAGGAAUCUAAA